AUGGCUAUGGCUUUCAAGAUGGCAACUACGGGGAUGUGGGUGGCGGAUGAGUGUAAGAACUCGUUCAUGGAGAUGAAAUGGAAGAAGGUUCAUAGGUAUAUAGUGUUUAAAAUCGACGAGAAAUCGAAGCUGGUGACCGUCGAUAAAGUUGGUGGCGCCGGAGAAGGAUAUUCCGAUCUGACUGCCUCUCUGCCUGACGACGACUGCCGUUAUGCGGUGUUUGAUUUCGAUUUCGUCACCGUCGACAAUUGCCGGAAAAGCAAGAUUUUCUUUAUUGCAUGGGCUCCAAGUGCAUCAAAAAUAAGGGCAAAAAUGUUGUAUGCAACAUCUAAGGAUGGAUUGAGAAGAGUAUUAGAUGGGAUUCACUAUGAAGUCCAAGCAACAGAUCCAAGUGAGAUGGGGUUUGAUAUCAUUCAAGAUAGAGCCAAAUAG